UCUCGUUCGAGGAAGCGCGUCGGUGUUUUGCUCUCUCAGAGAAGAAAACUUUUGAAAACCCUAGUUCAUGAUUUCGUACCCCUAAUUAAUGUCAUCAAUGAGGCCGAUCAGGCUCCCGGAGCCCCCGAGCGGCUUCGCCGGGACGCCGGAGAUCUUCGAGGGUGGAGUGAACGCUGUCAGAAGGGCGGUCGUCAUCGGCAACGGGUUCGCCGGAGCUGAGAACCAGAGCAUCGGUUUGGUUCGCGCCCUUGGACUCGCUGACAAGCACUCGAUUUAUCGAGUAAUCAGACCAAGAGGGGGAAUUAAUGAGUGGCUUAGGUGGCUUCCAGUGUCCUUGCACAAAAUCAUAGACUGUGUAAUUAAACAAGUGUUUGGCGGGUCAAAAUUUGGAGCAGUACUUCAAGGGAAGAGAUUUGUGCCGUCUCCUACUCAGAAUGGUGGCAAUGUUGGGCUGUCAUCUGUUUUAGAAGCUGAUGCCAGACAGAUUGCCUUCAGUGCCCGUGAGAAUUUUGAGAAAGAUGGCCCUCUCCUAGUGGUUGCAUGUGGGAGGGAUACCAUCUCGAUAGCGAGUUCAAUAAAAAGCAUGGCGCCGAAUAAUGUCUUUGUUAUUCAGAUACAACACCCGAGAUCUGGGCUGGACAGGUUUGACUCAGUGGUAACUCCUGAGCAUGACUACUAUGCUCUGACAGCUAGUGGGCAACAAGAGAUCCCUCGAUUUUUGAGAGGAUGGAUAUCUCCACGAGAACCACGUAGUAAGAACGUUAUCUGCACAGUGGGAGCACUGCACCAGGCUGAUUCUACUGCACUUCGCAUUGCUGCUACGACAUGGCAUUCUGAGCUUGCCCCUCUUCCAAAGCCCUUGCUUGUGGUUAAUAUAGGAGGGCCUACAAAGCAUUGUCGAUAUGGAGCAGAUCUUGCCAAACAAUUGGCAGGUUCACUGCACGGUGUACUAGCAAGCUGUGGAAGUGUUAGAGUUUCUUUCUCCAGAAGAACUCCAGAAAAGAUAUCUGACAUUAUAUUAAGGGAACUAGGUGAUCACCCUAAGGUUUAUGUGUGGGAUGGCAAAGGUCCAAACCCCCAUAUGGGACACCUUGCAUGGGCUGAUGCUUUUGUCAUUACUGCUGAUUCAGUUAGUAUGUUGAGUGAGGCUUGCAGCACUGGGAAACCUGUAUAUGUGGUUGGAGCUGAGCGUUGUAAGUGGAAAUUCUCUGCUUUCCAGAGAACUCUUCGUGAACGGGGCCUAGUCAGACCAUUCACAGGUUUAGAGGAUAUGUCCAAUAGUUGGAGCUAUCCGCCUCUGACUGAAGCUGCUGAUGUUGCUAAAAGGAUUCGUGAAGCUCUUGCAGAAAGAGGGUGGACAUUGCGAUGACAUAAUCUAAUCUGUUCAGUUCUUUUCUUUCGCCACAGUCAGAGAUAUACACGUGCAGCUCAUAGUUGCAUUUGAUUUUUUUGUUCAGUUUAUAUGGGUUGGAUUGAGGCUUUUGAGAGUCAUUGUAAUAAAAUUGGUAGCAGGUCCGGCUUGUAAAAUAUGAGAGUGAUGUACAAAAUCAACUUGAUUUUAACAAAAUAUGCAUAUAAUUUUGUGUAUUAGAAUCCAGCCCUCUACUGUAAUUAGGAUACAAGUCUUUGUUAUAUGAGAUAUCAGCCCAGUUAAUUCAUGAACAAUUUCUUUCA